UUAGGACCGCUAUGUGAUUUAACCCUAUAUUAUAAAUAAGAAAUGUCAAAAAUUCAGUAGCAUCCCAAGGUUUACUGGCUCCUUCUAUAAACGAGGUUCAAAAUUAGGCCAGUCUCAUUCUGUUGAUCUAAAUGUGGAAAAUUAAAGCAUGUAAGGGUUUAGGCAGCAUAUACACUCCAAAGAGCCAUUUUUGAGCUCUGUUCAGUUCAAUAAAACUUGUUUAGAACCACAAAUAGUACAUACCUCGUAAUUUUUGAUGAAUAUUUACAGUUCGAAAUUUAUCUUUGCAAGAACCACCUUUUUAUUUUUAGGUUUUGGGAGGAAACCUAAAAAUAAAAAGCUUUAAAAAAAAGUUUGAAAAAUUAGUCUCCAGUCUAAUGCUCAGAAAAUGGAUGAAAAACAUCACUGGUACUCUCUGUCUCACUCUUUUGGGGGAAAUUAAUAAAACAAAAACAAACAAAAAACCCAGCUAAACCCUACAUUAGUUUCACGACAUCAAUAUUUUUCAAAUUUUGAUCAUUUCACAUCUUUAUGAUUCUCAUCCAAAGAUUAAUCAUGUCAUGCUCCAAUGAUGAUGAUGUCGUGACUCUUAGUUGCCUUAGAAUGUUAUUGAAAAGUUAAUUUAAUUCAUCAACAGGUGAAACAUAUUGUAUAGCUCAAACAAAGACGGAUGUUUUAAAACCAUUAUUUCUCUUUAUUAAGGUGAUCUUCUGCUGACAGACAAUAAAAACACAAAAUCUAUUCUAACAUGGGUCACUGUAUUCUUCUUAGUCUCUGAUUGACUAAUUGCUCUAAUCAAAGACUGAAACUACAGACCACAAAACAACCCAAGAGCCUCACACAUCCUCCAAAGUCAUGAGGAAAAAAAGCUGUGGUUUAGAAAAGAAGUCUAUUACGUCAUCAGUUUCAUUUACUUCCUCAUUUGACUCUCUUUUCCUAACCCUUUCGUUUCCUUUUGUUAUCGUCUGCUGGUGUUUAAAGCUCAGCUUGUGGCCAUUGGCUCCAAAUUAAGAGGGAGGAAGCGGAGAGGAGCCGCGACUCUUCCCGCCGCCUCUCCUCCUCAGGGCGGCCUGAGAAGGAGCGGAGACCCGCUGGAGAUCGCCUCGCCUUCACAUUUGCUGCAGAACGCCGAUCGGCCUCAAGGGACGGGUGUUCUUUCCUGAUCGUCCCAACACAUGCAACUGGAGAUCUGAUGAGUUGAUGGGAGUUCAGCGCCAUGGAUCACGGCAAGGAGGAAGAACAAGAGAGGAAGAGUUUGUUGUUCAAGAGUCCAAAAAAAUAUGCAAGCAACGUGGAAACAAAGUUACUAGAUGUUGCGAUAGAUUGGCCAGAGACACGCAUCAUGACUGAUAAAGAAAGAUAUGGAAGCAAAGUGAAAACAAAGUUACGAGAUGUUGAGAGAGAUUGGUCAGAGACACGCAUCUUCACUCAUAGAGAAAGGGCGGAACCUGCUGGAGUCCAGAAGUUGAGAGAGAAACUGAGGAAGUAUUCCUGCAGUCUCACCUUUGACUCAAACACGGUUCACAGAAACCUGAAGCUGUCUGAUGACGGCAGGAAGGUGACCCGUGUGAGCAAGGCUCAGUCAUACCCGGAUCACCCAGACAGGUUUGACGGCCUCUUGCCUCAACUGCUGUGCCGUGAUGGUCUGACUGGUCGCUGCUACUGGGAGGUGGAGUGGAGCGGAGUGGUUUACAUUUCAGUGAGCUACAGAGGGAUCAGCAGGAGAGGAUACAAAGACUGUGUCUUUGGCUGGAAUGACCAGUCCUGGAGUCUGAAAUGCAGCGAUCUUGAUGAUGGCUACUCUGUCUGGCACAAUAACAAAGGAAAACUCGCCGCCUCCUCUCACAUUGACCCCUUCACCUCCAAAUCUGACUCCGCCUCUAACAAAGUAAUGUAUAUGGACUUUCCACCAGGACCGUGGUUGACGUGGCAUAGUCGCCCCUCUGACUCCGCCUCUUCUGAAUCCGCCUCCUCUGACUCCGCCUCCUCUUGCUCAUGCAGCAGAGUAGCAGUGUAUGUCGACUGUCCAGCUGGCAUCCUGUCCUUCUACAGAGUCUCCUCUGGCUCCCUGGUCCACCUCCACACUUUUGAAACCACAUUCUCUGAACCCAUCUAUCCUGGGUUUGGGUUCUGGUUUCCUGGAUCCUCAGUGUCUUUCUGUCAAGAUUUAAAGCCCAAACUUUUGGAUGUGCAGAGAGAAUCUCCAUGCACAUCGUCCCAACCUGAUUGGUUUGACGAUGACUCAAAGUUGGUCGAGGCGCCUUCAAGCUUCAGACCCGAAGUGGAAACUCACAAUUUGCAGGUUUCAUACAGGUUCCAGUGUCCAGGUCCGGGUGUGUUCCAGUGCGCUUUGACCGCCCUGGUGUUUGUUGUGACCCAGCCGGCCAAACUAUGUUACAGAAUCAUCCAAUGGGACGAGAGCAUCCUUCAUCCAGCUGGGAAGACCCCUGCUGGGCCCCUGUACAACAUCAGCUGUUCUCCUGUAGCAGUGUGUGGGCUCCACCUCCCACACUGUCAAACUGCAGACACGUUGGCCAGUGAAGGCCUGCUGUCAGUGGUUCACGUUUCCUCCGAUUAUGGACUGAACUUCCUGAAGCCGCUGAAGAUCACCGACACCCACGUUGUCGUGAGGGUCUCUGAACUUUCAGCGUUCGGUCUGGUCUGGGACUUCAUAAAGAGGUUCAUGGAGAGAAAGGAUCCGGUACCGAGCCAAGUCCUGCUGUACCUCGGACCUCUGAACUCAAGGGCUCAGAACCAGAAGCUCUACGUGUUUCUGCUGCCCAGGAACAUCCCAACGUACGAGGUCACCAAAGACCAGAAGGACUGUAAGUUUGUCCGCUCCACUUCCAACUGCAAACUCAUCAAAGACCAGAGAUACGUCCUCACAUGUCCAAGAGCUUCACAGCAUUAUAAAAUACAACCUCAGAGAGCCGAGUUCGACCUAAACUUUGGAACUCAAUACCACCCAACAUUUGAGAUCCGUCUUCCCAUCAACACUGAGGAAGUGGUGAUAACGAUCAAAGAUGAAGUAGACACGGUGGUCUGGGAGUACGACGCCGAUCUGACAGAUCAUUCACAAGAUGACGUCCCAUCAAGUGUCACAGUAAAGUCAGAGAGUCCAAACCUCCAUGUUGACCUGCUGAACAUCCUGGAUGAGCUGACUGAGGAAGAGUUCAGCAGGUUUAAGUGGUUCCUGAGGAAUGAACCGCAGAGCAGUCGCUUCAGAGUGAGAGAUUCUGCAGCGAGACAGGAAGUGGUGGACCAGCUGCUGCAUCAAUGCAGCCAGGAAGAAGUUCUUCAAGCUGUGAAGAGGACAUUCAGGAAAAUGGGCAGGAACGAUCUGAUGGAGCAACUAUAAAAACUCGAGUUACUUUUUUACCGUACAGUCAUGCUCAUGUUAUGUUUGUUUCAGCCAUUUUGAUGGCUGAAAGAGGUGUUUACAUUUUAAAUUAAAUUUUGAGAUUAAUCUUAGAAGUUUUCUAGAAAAAACUAGAAAAUAUUCAACACUUGAAAGAAAGAAAUCUCCAUGUUUUUUUGCUGGAAAUUUUCUGAGGUUAAUCUCAAGAUUUCUGCAAAUUUUUGACUUUUGGAACUCUGGGAUUUCCAGAUUUUAUCUUGAACCAAUGGCAAAGAUUCAUCUUCUAGCCUAGGAAAUGAUUUCACACAAAUUUAAUUUUAUAUCAAUAAAUGAUUUAUUUUGGUGUACUUUG